UAGGCGGUCAAGAAAUCUCUGAUGGACACAGUCAGAGUCAGAACGACGCGGUCGCGACAUCUAAGUUCGGAUGGUGGGCGGCUAUUCCCGGAAUUCCUCCGUAUUCGCCGACAGCUGUCUACGCGUCGGCUGGCGAUGUCAAACAAGUUGAACUCCGCUCCGGUAGACAAACCUAG